UCUGAUAUCCUAUGCCUUGGUACGUAUGUGUUAUCGCUCUAGAGCUGCUGACAGGUAUACAGCUACACUGGCUGAAAGGGUACUCUGCACUAUUCUUUGGAGUUGCCGCCACGGCAAUGACCGAAACAGUUGUCAUUGUUGGAGCAGGCAUAGCAGGCUUAGGAGCUGCCAAGAGGCUCGUGGAAGCUGGAAUCACAGACAUAAUCAUUCUAGAGGCGCAAGACAGAAUUGGAGGGAGAAUUCACAGCGUUCCCUAUGGAAAUGGCUUCAUUGACUUUGGUGCACAGUGGAUACAUGGUCAGCUAGGCAACCCUGUGUACAGGCUAGCACGAGAACAUGGUCUUCUAAUGGAGCCAGACUGUUACGAGGCAGAUCUACAUAAAACGUUUCCCCACCUCUGCAUAGAGGAGGAAAAUGUCAUUUUGCUGACUCCCCAGGGUGAGCGGAUGCCCGAGCAGGUCAUCGAGGGUACAGAACUUGUUAUCGAUGAGAUGAUGACAGAAAUGGAAGAGUUACCACCGGAUCACCCCGGCUUCACCUCUAUCAGCUAUACCUGAGCGAGAUAGACAAGGCAAGGUACAUGGCCGUGUACCACUCCUGGCGAAUGGCACAAAUGAUAGACGUUGGCAAUAGCCUGGAUACAUUGGACAU